AUGGACCACCAAGAAUGUCAAGAUCCUUCCAUACUUGCACUGCGUAAAGGAGUAUGUAAGAAGUUAACCAAGAUCGAGUUCAAGCAUGUUCCCAGAAUCAAGAAGGAGUUUGCCAACGCUCUAGCAACCUUAUCAUCCAUGAUCCAGCAUCCAGACAAGAAUUACAUCGACCCCAUUGAGAUAGAGGUUCGAGAUCGACACGUAUACUGUUUCCAUGUAGAUGAAGAGCCAGAUGGUAAGACUUGGUACCACGACAUCAAAAGGUUCCUCAAAGUAAGAGAAUACCCAAAGAGUGCCACUAAUGGUUAUAAGCGAGAAUUGAGAAGACUAGCAAAUCACUUUUUCCUUAAUGGGGAAGUCUUGCAUGUUAAGGUGUGUAGAUGCUACUGA